CUGGGUUUGUUUACCUCCGCACAGCAGCGCUUUUCGUUUUCGGUCAGUUCAUACAUCCGCAUCUGCUUUACUGCACGUAACUCCCUCGGUGCUGCCUUCGUCGUUAUCCCUCCGCCCGUUCGACAGUUCAGCACAAGAUGAGCACUGUCCCGAACUCGACGGAAGGCAAUAGGUGCAUCAUUUGCUUGCAGUGUGCAACGACAAUGGUGCCGCUGGACACGAAAGUCGACAUCGCCGGUGUUCCGAUUAGCUGUGAAACCAUGUACUGCAACUUUACUGGACUGCAGUACGAUCCAACCACACUUACGGAGGAGCAUUUGGCCCUGAAGCUCUGUUUGGCGUGCCUCUCUCAGCUCAACUCGUGCUACCUCUUUCAAAAGCAAGCGAUCGACAAUUUUUACGAAUGCUUCGUACGAUCGUACGAGAAGCUUACGAUCGAGGUGCAAACAUCCUCCUACGCUGUGAACGAACAAUCGAACAAGCUGGCCGAAAUAUGUCCCGACUUUGAGGACGAAGAUGUUGUGCCAAGCGGGGACGAGAAGGAGGAAUAUAACGAUAAUGCUACAGCAAACCAUUCCUCGCCUUCACCGACUAAACUGGAAGCAGACAUGGAGAAGGUGGAGGAAGAACAUUUUGAACCCAUUGCGGAACAGAAGCACGCGCCGGAAGAAUCGCAACGCGAACAAACUGUACCGGUGACCGAACGUCAGCAACAGCAACCAAGCACCAGCUGCAAGGAAUGCGCCAGCCUGACGGAACAGCCCAUUUCCUUCCGCAAACACUUUGUGCGCGCUCACUGCACAGUGCGGGCGCACGGGCAGCACCAGUGUACGCUGUGCGGUCGGUGCUUCCAAACCCGGGGCUCCUUCCAUCGGCACAUACGCGUACACACGGGCACGAAGCAGUACGCGUGCCAGUACUGUGCCAAAUCGUUCCACUAUCUGCACCAUCUGCAGGUGCACGAGCGUACGCACACGAACGAACGGCCGUUCGCGUGCGGCCAAUGCGUGAAAACGUUCACCACCAACGAUCGGCUGCAGGUGCACGUGCGGACGCACCAGCUAGCGCUGUCGUACGAGUGUGAGCACUGCCGGAAGCGGUUCAAAACACGCCCCUACCUUCACCGGCACAAGCAGAUCAAGCACGACCGGCCGGCGGAAGCGUUCCGACCCUGUCGGUGUGAGCAGUGCGGCCUGCCGUUUGCAUCACAGUCGGGCUUUUCCUAUCACAUGCAGUCGACGCAUCCGACGUGUCUAAAGCAGGGGGCAGCCGUGGCGGCAUCGCAGGCUUGCGAUGGACGCGCCGGCCUGCACGGAGAACCCAGCCCACACCAGUGUGAUGUGUGCGGGGCACAGUUUAAGCAAAAAAUUACCCUAACCCGUCACAGGCUCCGGCACGAUGGAAUACGACCGUUUCGGUGCGACAUUUGCGGCAGUGCCUUCACGCAGAAGGGCACGCUGAAAACGCACAUGCGCACGCACACGGACGAAAGGCCGUUCGAGUGUGCGGCGUGCGGCGAACGCUUCCGGUCUGCAGCAGCGCGCCGAACGCACCAGCUGCGACAUCGUUGCCCCGGACAACAGGCCAAAGAACGAUCACAAGAGCAAUGAAA